AGCCAAUGGUAUUACAGAAAACAUACGGGAACUCGAACUGACAACAAAGAUGGCGGCGCCCGCUGAAAACGUGAUGGAUUUCUCUGUCAAACUUAAUGAAGUUAAUAAUGAAGACUUUGAUGAUAGACACUUGUACAUUUUACAAAGUUUAACGAAGGCUUUUCGGGAGCCGGAGUUUAGAUGCUGCGUGGAAAAAGAUGUUCUCCGGACGAUGAUGGAGGUCUUAUCAAAGCUAUUUGAUGAGAUCCGUAUUCUAAACCAACAGGAGCUGGCCUCGGAGCUAGGAUGUUUGUGCUUGCAUCUGAUAGCAGAGUGUUUCCGAAGUCAACGAAACGCCUGCGUGCAGUGCUCUCGCAACCAGACCUUAAUAAGGGAUCUGGGAUUCAUUAAAGUGUCACUCAGUCAUCUUUCCAUGCUCCUAAAGCUUCAGCUGGAGAACGCAGACCGCCAGUUUGAGGGUCAUCAUAACCCAUGUGUGCUUGGCAGGGAGCUCUUGGACCACAGUGACGAGAAGACCGCGGCCUACAGCGCCAUGGUGCUCUACACUUGUCUGGACCCCAACAAAGUGGAAGAGAUGGUCACACAUCAGGAGCAUCAGGCUGUGGCCAGGAAGGUCAUUGCACUGUGCCAGAAGCAGCCGGAACUCGACUGGGCAGUGUUAAUAGUUACACAGCACUUCCUGAAGUCUCCUGAGCUCACUGAGAAGAUGUUUGCAGAGCUGAGCUGCCCUGAGAGGGUUACCCUGCUGGAGCUCAUCGCAGCCCAGCUGGGGGAACCGGAGGAGCCCCAGGAGCCUGUUAUCCUGCCCAAGCUCGCACAGUUUCUGGUUACCUACUUCGUGGAUCACUGUAAGGCUGUACUGGAGCUGGCCUCUGGGCCCUUCCCUGCGGACACGGAUGCCCUGACUGUCACGAGGCUACUGGACGUGCUGUGCGAGAUGACCUCGGAUCGCAAGCUGUUCAUGUUCCUGCAGGAUCACCCGACGCUCCUCAGCAGCACCGUGGAGCUCCUGAAGGAGGUCCACUUCCUGGGCAAGGCAGGUCACAAUGUGUUCAGCACCAUGCAAGACUUCUCCACCGCCAGCUCGGCUUCACACCCUGCUGUGGGCUUUAAGGCGCACCUGGUGCGGCUUAUCGGGAACCUGUGCCACAUCAAUGCGGAAAACCAGAAUAAGGUCAGAGAACUGGAUGGAAUUCCUCUUAUCCUGGACAACUGCAGCAUUGAUAGCAACAACCCCUUUAUCAGCCAAUGGGCUGUCUUCGCCAUCCGCAUCCUCCUGGAGAACAACCAGGAGAACCAGGCGGUGGUUCAGGCCCUGGAGCGGCGGGGCGUGGCCAGUGAUUCAGCUCUGCGGGACAUGGGCUUCCGGCUGGAGGAAAGAGACGGCAGGCUGUUGCUGAAGCCCAUCCGCAAGGAGCCAUGAUAGACGGUGGGAGGCUUCUCUCCAGACCCAUGGCUACAACUACUGUAAAUAAUGCUGCUUCAGAGACUAAAUAAAAACAAAAAAACACACCA